AUGUGCCUUGGAUUCUACAGAUUCGGGCCCGACGGCGCAAGUUGGGACGAUGCUGGCUCUUGCACGCCUCCAAGGCUAGGGUAUACUGUCGACGAUGCCAUCUUGCAACUUACAGGACAGAAAGAUCUUGCCAAAAUUGCGCUUAAAGCUCUCAUGGGUAUCCUCAUCUUGCAUCCUAUUGCCUGUGGACUUGUGUUCCUCUCUCUCCUUGCGUCGCUCGUAACGACCUGGCACCCGGUCAGGGCUCUUAACGUGAUAUCCCUGAUUGCUGUGAUUCUCUCGGCCGUGGCGGCGACAAUCGUUUUUGUCAUUGACAUUGUUUUGAUUCCGAUCGCACGUCAAAAGGUCGAAGAAGCUACCAAGAACGCCCUCACCGUUGCGCUAGGAAAUGGGGCUUGGAUGACUUUGGGUGCUGUGGCUGCUUUGUGGUUGGGCGUGAUCGGGGCCAGUGUGAUUGCUUGCGGGUGCUUCGGAUGUGGAAAGCGUCGGGGUCGUCGCGCAAAGAAGAACCAAUAUGGUGGUGCAGAAAAGUUGCACAGUCUGGACAAUGGAAGCUCUGCGACUGCGACUGAGAUGAGUCCUCGCCAGAGAAAUAAAGUCUCUCGGCGCGCCACUAUUGCAGGUCCUCAGAAUAUCAUACUAGGCGGAAAGACCGUUAUAGCCAGCGGCGCAAUCAUUCGUGGAGAUUUAAGACGAACUGGGACAGGGUCGGCGGUCGUUAUUUCGCUAGGGAGGUACUGUCUGAUCAGUGAGCAAUGUAUCAUGAGGCCGCCGUAUAAGACCUAUCGGGGUAAUUUUAACUAUUACCCUAUGAAGAUUGGCGAUCAUGUUCACAUUGGUGCGGGCACCGUGGUGGAAGCUGCCACAAUCGGAAACCACGUUGAGAUUGGGAAAAACUGCGUGAUUGGCAAGUUCACUAUAAUCAAAGAUUGCGCGAAAAUCGAUGAUAAUUCGAUUGUACCGCCCAAUACGGUUAUUCCUGCGCUCGCGAGGUUUGGGGGCUCACCUGCCCAAUUUAUUGAGGAACUUCCAGAGUCUACGAUGGAGAAUGUCGAGAUUCAUACCAAGGGAUAUUAUUCGCGGUUUCAACCGCAGGAGCCUGCAGGCCACUAG